UUACGCAGUACAAGACUGAGGCUUUGACAGCCUGAAUCGGUGGCAGAAGAUUAUCGGGAUGGGUCAUGUCUAAUGAUAAUUCCAGGCAGAUUUGUUGAGCCUGAUCUUCAGUUAACCCAAUCCUCACUGCACACUGCUGGGUUCAAGGUACACCAUAGCGUUCACCCAGAGGAAGAAACAGAAGCAGGAAAUGGAAAACGAGACGAGCACUACAACCUCAGCCACCACCACAACCUCCAGCACCCCCUCCCGGACCCAGGCCCCACAGCUGUCUCUCUACAGCAGCACCACUGAGAGGCAGGCUGUCCAGGUGAUCCAGCAGGCCAUCCACCGCCCCCCCAGCAUGGCAGCUCAGUACCUGCAGCAAAUGUACGCCGCGCAGCAGCAACACCUGAUGCUCCGGACAGCCGCGCUGCAGCAGCAGCACCACCUCAGCAGCAGCCAGCUUCAGAGCCUAGCAGCUGUACAGCAGGCGACGCUGUCAGGAAAAAGGCAGGCCUCUUCCCCCACUGCGAGUGUCACACAGCAAUCAAGUGUCUCACAGACUUCGAUCAAUCUCUCCACAUCUCCAGCGGUGCAGCUGAUCAGCCGGAGUCAGACCUCCAGCACGGCAGGCAGCGGUGGGGGGAGCAGCCUCGGACAGCAGUCCAUGCUCCUGGGGAACAGCUCCCCCACCCUGACCACCAGCCAGGCUCAGAUGUACCUGCGCGCUCAGAUGCUCAUUCUCACGCCCUCUGCCACUGUAGCUGCUGUCCAGCCAGAUAUUCCUGUAGUUUCUUCUCCAUCCAGUUCCCAGACUACAGCUACCCAGGUUCAGAACUUGACCCUGCGUCCACACCAACCCAGCACCCUCACCUCCCCCCAGAGCGUGCCCCUUAAAGCCACCAGCCAGGGGCAGCCUUUGGCAGUGGCCCACCCCAAGAUGUCCGUGUGCCCCCUGAAGCCCAGCCAGCAGCCAGAGCCCCUCUUGGAAGGCAACAAGAAGGGGGAGAACCCCAUCACCGAACCCAAGCCCACCACCCUCACCCGCCUGCCCGGAGACCACCAGCUCAUAGCACCAGCCUCAUACCCUCUUCUCAAACACCAGCCCCUCCCUAUUCAUGCUGCUCAACCACAGAAAGGGCCAAACCACCAGCUAAUCAUCCAACAGCAGCCACCGCUCCCCCACCAAGUUCAACCAAUUGCACUCCAGGUCUCUCGUCAAGAGACUCCACCUCCCUCCUUGGCAAUCCAGACCCAGGUCCCUCCCCCGACUACAAUCUCCGUCCAAUCACAGCACUGCACUCCCAUCACAGCCACUGCCCUGCCCCUGACCUCAUCCCCUGGCCAAUCACAGCCUGUGCAGCAGCAAACAGUCGUGGUUUCACCUCCACCUACUCAGUCCCCUACCAGCCAGUCGCCUACCAUAGUCAUCCAGCCCCAAGCACUUAUCCAAUCGCAGCCUCACGCUCUGAUCUCUGCUCCCAUGCAGUUAGGCCCCGCCCAGUUGCCCAUUCUAAGCACUGCCCAGGUAAUACAGCCCCACCUUUCUCCUGUGACUUCCCCGAUAGCUCACAUUGGCCCCCUUCCUUACCCCACUCUUAUUUCACCGUCCAUCAACUUCCCUCCCCAGCCAACACAUCAGCAGCAGCCUCCUCCCCCUCAGGCCUCCCUAGGCCUCAUGUCCUCACCGCCUCCGCCUCUACCCCAGCUCUCCCACACUCCCCCUGCCCAGCUCCAGCCACUCCCCUUGCAGUCGGUUCAGGCCUUGGCAGUGCAGUCGGAGAUCCUGACCCCUGGGCAGAUGCUUGUGUCAGAGGAAGAGCUGCCAGCAGCCGAGGCCUUGGUCCAAAUGCCCUACCAGGGGCUGCCCCCUCCCCAGACCGUAGCCGUGAACCUGCAAGUGCAGCAUCCCACCCCCAUGGAGGCUCCAGUGGUCUACCAGGUGGAGGGGAUGUGUGAAGAGGAGAUGAGAGAAGACAGGGAGGAGUGUCUGCCUGGGAACAGAACUCCAACACCUCCUGCUCUGUCACCCCCUGCUGGUCAUGUCGGGGACUGCGAGGAGAGCUCCACUCACCAAGACAUCUCAACAGGUCUGCCUGGACUUGUGAACACCUCAGGCAACACCUCUGUGAUCAGAUCCUCCUCGGAUCCCUCCUACAUCACCAGCUCCCCCCCUCCUCCUCUUCCUCAUCCCCCUCCCCCUCCUCCUCCUCCUCCUCCUCUCCCCCCUACACUCCUGCCUGCUGUGGUCAAGAGCCCCUGCAAGCCUGUCCCAGCAGUCCUGCCCGAGAACAAGCUUCCGCAGGCGAUUGUCAAACCACACAUCCUCACCCACCUCAUCGAGGGCUUUGUCAUCCAGGAGGGGCUCGAGCCAUUCCCGGUAAGUCGUUCUUCCCUCUUGACUGAGAAGAAGGAGAAGCAGUGUGAGCAGCAGGUGAUGGAACCCAACAGGGAGGAGCCACAGUCCAUGAUGGAGACCGAACAGCCGGAACACUCCACAGACAGUGACAUGGAUGACAUCAUCGCUGAGGGCGUAAUGGAGGAAACCGUGACAGAGCUGCUGAAAUGUGAGUUCUGUGGGAAGAUGGGAUACGCACACAAAUUCCUGAGGUCAAAACGAUUCUGCUCCAAGUCAUGUGCCAAAAGGUUCAAUGUUAGUUGCACUAAAAGAGUCAGCCUUUUGAAAGCAGACAAGGGGGUCCGCUGGACUCGGAAGCCAGAUGGCCGACGAGGGCGCCGGCCCAGAGGGGCAGAGGGGGGGUCCAGGGAGCACUUACUCCGGCAGUUGCCAGCUACUUAUCCCGCCACAGGUGGGAUGCAACCAGCUCGCAGCCAAUCGCCUCAAGAAGACACAGUUCCUGUUGCCAUGACAACACGACUGCGGCGACAGAGUGAGCAGGGGAGGGAGCGGGAUCUCAGGGUGAGACACCCGUCAGGCAGUAAUGAGAGCCUGCCCUCCGUCCAGUCCGAUCCCACGCAGUGGACAGUCAAUGAAGUCUGGGCCUUUAUUUACGCUUUACCAGGCUGCCAGGACAUUGCUGCCGAGUUCCGUGCCCAGGAGAUUGACGGCCAGGCGCUGCUUCUUCUCAAGGAAGAUCACUUGAUGAGUGCCAUGAAUAUCAAGCUGGGCCCAGCCCUGAAAAUCUGUGCCCGUAUCAACACUCUGAAGGAGCCCUAACAGGAAGUGAAACGGGAGCAAACAGACUUCCAUCACUGUAGCGAAACGCCACUAAUCUGAACUCCGAUCUUGAGAUACUGCACAGCACCUGCCAACAAUGUGAGGUGAACAUCUGAUAUUCACUUCAGUGCCAAUGGUGAGCAAGCAUGUGGUUGAACUGGGAGAAUAUAGAGCAAUAAAGAGAUUUCUUUAUCAUGUGCCACAAAGCAGGGAGUAAAAAAAUAUAUAUAUAGUAGUCCCCCCUCGCCCCAAAGCGUCACAUCAGAAAUAUACUGUAAUAAAACAUCCCAUAUGAAGGAAUUGGAAGAGCAUUUGGCUUGUCCAUGCAAUGUCUGCAAGCUUUUUCCAGUUGCUGGUCUGCUGCUAGCGCUGUGCAUUUUAAGUGGCAGGUACAUCAUAUUUUUAUACCUGUAGACAAUGACUGAAUGUAUUAUAUGAAUAUAUCUGAAUUUCUAUGAAGGAUUUUUUUAAAGAAAGAAAAAAGGUGUUUUUAUGUGACUCAACAUGUGCUGUUGUUACUGCUGUCUAAUUUAAGUUAUGUACUACGUUAUUAUAUGGUUUGUCUGAGAACCCUUAGUUAUUUUGCUAAAUAUUUUAUGAAUUAAUAACUUUAAAAAAGUAAAUAUACAUAUUUUUCAUUUGAAUAUAAGAGGAUGUAAAUUACAUACAGGAAGGAUGUGAAGGGGGGGGGGGGGGCAAAUUGAGUUGUUCCAUUUCAGAAUAGCCAAACAGCAGACCAGUAAAUGAAUCUAAUAAACUAAUAUGCCUAUUUGAAUUGUUUUCAGUGUACGAAGCUUUAGUUAGUCAGUUAUCCUAGGGUACUCAACUAAAUUAUUGUCGGUGUUGAUACUAUACCAGUGCUGUAAAAUGCUCUAAAAAUUUAGCUGUGGCUUAUUUCCUUUUGAAGGAAAUACAAAAUGACUAACAGGGUUAUUGAACAUGAAUAAUAGGAAAAACAAGAAUAUUGCAGGUUAUCUUAUAACAGAUCUGCUGCACCGUGCCAAAGAGCAGCUGAUACCCAGGUUAGCUUGGUAUAGCAAUUACACGCUUGUUUUAAUGCUCUACAGUAGACAUCCUUAACAUUAUCCAAGGCAUUAUUCGCUUAUCUUAGUGCUACUGAUAAUUUCUACCAAGAGGGCAAAAUGUUCAGAGAAUAUUUUUCUUAAUUAAAUUUAAGACAUGUUUUGUUUAUAUUCCCAACUUCACAUCAUUCCUUGAUAAAUAAAGGCACCUGAACCGGUCUAAAGUUACAUUAUCUAUGAAGCAUGUAAAUGAAGCUGUAAAUGUACAAGGGAACUCUUUGGUUCCUAAAGAGUAGAAGUUUUAGUUUCGCUUACCCAGUACAGUAUUUCCAAACUUGGUGACUGCCCAGCUUGCCUGAAAAGAAUAUAUAUAUAUAUAUA